UUAAAAUUUUUUUAUCUCCAAAACAAUCUGAAAAACUUAAAGAAAUACAAAAAGAGAUUAGUAAAAAAAAUAAUGAAAAAGCAGAAAAUUCUAAUGAUGAAGAAUCCAUUGAAAUUAUUACAACAAAUAUACUUAAAAAUAUUAAUGAAGUUCAAACCUUGGAGUUAAUUAUGCAACAAUAUUAUCAAUAUUACUUAUUAUUGAACAUUAAAAGUAAUUUUCAAAAAAAAUUAAAAGAAAGAUUUAAAAUAAAUAUUAAAGAUUUAGAAAAUGAUGAUAAUAAUAAUAUUAAUGAAAUUGAAAAUAUAGAAGAAAUAUUAUUAGAUAAUUAUAUUUCAGAAGAUACUAUAAGCUCAGAUUCAGAAACAGAUAAAAUUAGUAAUGAACCAGUUAUUAUUAGACUAUCUAAACAUAAUUUAAGAAAAUCUAGAAAAGUUAAUUAUAAAGAAACAUCAAAAAAGAUACAAGUAUCAAUAUCAAAUCUUACAGAAACUGAACAAAUAAUUAAAAAAGUAUUAGAAACAAUUAUUAAAACAUUAAAUUUCUAUUGGAAAAAUCCUAAUCAAAUUGCACUUAUUUCAACAAUAUUAGAUCCAAGAUAUAAAGAUUUUAGUUUUUUGUCUAAUAAUGAAAUAAAAUUAGAAAUUGAAUUUAAAGUUCAAUAUUUCUAUGAUUUUUUAAAAUAUGAAUUAAAUCCAAAUGAUGAUUUAUCAGAAAUUCAA